AAUGAAACCAGAGAGAGAAUAGAAGUGUGGAGUCUUUGGGACUGUAACGAAACCUCCACAAGACAGAAACGGAAGCAGAGAAGGGAAAAGGUUUUAAUUCGCCGCCUUUAGAAAUUAAAGAGAAGAAAAAGCUGCGAAACAUUUAAUCUUCUUUUUUUCCCCCUCUCAGUCAGCAACAAAUAAAGGAAACAAGCAUUUUUUACUCCCGGAGAAGACAUUCAACUCAAAGCAGCAGCAAUGGCGCCCUCUCUCCUCCAGGCCUACAGGAGGCGCUGGUGGAUGGCGGUGACAGCGGUGAUUGAAAACCUGCUGUGCUCGGCUGUGCUGCUGGGCUGGGGCUCCCUGCUCAUCAUGCUGAAGAGGGAGGGCUUCUACUCCCACCUGUGCUCAGUCAACCCUCCCGCAGUGAACGAGUCCGUCGUCAUCUCUUUGGGCAACUCCUCCUCGGGCGAGGUGGAGGAGUGGCUCAGCUGCGUGGACCAGGAGGAGAUGCUGAACCUGGGAUUCACCAUCGGCUCCUUCUUGCUCAGUGCCACUACCCUGCCACUCGGUAUCCUGAUGGACAAGUUUGGGCCGCGCCCAAUUCGCCUGGUGGGCAGUUCGUGUUUCGGCCUGUCCUGUGUUAUCAUGGCCGUGUCUGCCUACGAUCCUCACGUUCUGUCAGCGCUCAUUUUCUUGGCUCUCUCCCUGAACGGCUUUGGAGGCAUCUGCCUGACCUUCACCUCGCUCACGCUCCCCAACAUGUUUGGUGCUCUGAGCUCCACCGUCAUGUCUCUGAUGAUUGGCUCCUACGCCUCCUCUGCUGUCACCUUCCCCGGAGUCAAGAUGAUCUACGAUGCAGGCGUGUCCUUCCAGGUGAUCAUGUGGGUGUGGGCGGGCCUUGCGGCAUUUGUCUUUUUCAACUGUUUCAUCAACUGGCCCACAGAGGGCUUCCCGACACCUGACGAGGUAGACUACAGUAAGAUCCUCACACUGCAAGAGCUGCCUUUAUCAGACCAGAAGAUUGUUGGAGAGAGACUGAGCCACAAAAAUGGAGAUGUCCGACACUCCACAGAGAAACUACCGAAUGGACCUGACACUGCACAGAACACUGUUCCUUUCCGUCGCUCUGUGUUCUCUCCCAUCUUCCUGUGGAGUCUGAUUACGAUGGGGAUGUCCCAGUUGAGGAUCAUCUUCUUCAUGGGUGCAAUGAACAAGAUGCUGGAGUUCAUGGUCACCAACGGCGAAGAGCAUCCAUCUGAGCAGCUGGCGAUUGAGGCAGAAGAGAAAGUGAGUUUCUAUUCAUCCAUCUUCGGCACGCUGCAGCUACUGUGCCUGGCCACGUGUCCUCUGAUUGGAUACAUCAUGGACUGGAGGAUGAAGGAGUGCGUGGAGGAGAAGACCGUCCCACCAGGCACAGAGCCGAGACAGACCAGUGGACCCAAAAGAGACGGUAAGAUCCAGAAAGUGACCAACGCCAUGAGAGCCUUCAUCCUCACCAACCUGCUGCUCCUCGCCUUCGGAUUCUGCUGCCUCAUAGGCAACCUGCCUCUACAGAUCUUGACCUUCAUCCUUCACACGAUGGUGCGAGGCUUCAUCCACUCCUGCUGCGGAGGCCUUUACGCUGCUGUCUACCCCUCCAACCACUUUGGCACCCUAACAGGCCUCCAGUCCAUGAUCAGCGCCGUGAUUGCUCUGCUGCAGCAGCCGCUCUUCAUCGCCAUGGUCGGACCACUGAACGGAGAUCCCUACUGGAUCAACCUCGGCCUGCUCAUCCUCUCGUUGACUGGCUUCCUGUUGCCGGGUUACCUGUUCUACCACCGCAGACACCUGGUGAUGGAAAAGGAGGCCAGAGACAGGCGGGCCGCCGGACAGGAGAUGCUGGCGCUCAACCACAGUGAGGCCAACGGCUACAAACCUCACAGCAACGGCCUCGCUGCUGUGGAGGCUUAGAGCAACACGACAGCGCAGAGGAUCAGGGGAAUUGUAGGAUUUAUUUUUGUAUGUGCCUUCAAAAUGAGUACCAGCAAUCUACUCAUCCGUAUAUGUUUUGUUUUGACGUUUCCUGUGCUUUUUCUUUCUUUUUUUUUUUUUGGUCAUUGCUGGUGCACAUUUUGCCCACCACAAACUGUAUCGCAGUGCAGACAGAGUCUCCGUGUUUUGUUGACCCAGAGUUAGACUUUAAGUUCCGUGUGAUUUGGGGAGAAGCAAGUGUCAUCAUCAGCUGCUGCUGUCUAUUUAUUUUGGUUUAGGUCAAAGAGCCAAAUUAGUGCGAUUUAAAGCCAUAGAUUUCACUCACAAGCACACGCAGAGACACGUGCACACAUCCUGGAUUGGCCUGCGUGUCAGACUGCGGAUAUCACGGUACUUGAAAUGUUGUAAUGUAGUUUUCAAAGAUAAUCACCACAAUCCCUGCUAACACCAAAGAACAGCUUAAAUAUAGGAAAGUUACACUUUCUACUUCAGUAUUGUUGCAAAAGUGUGUUGAAUGAAGCAAACUCCUAGUGCAUUGUGCUGUUUCUACUGUACCCCCCUUCAACAAAAGCUACAAAGACAUAUUUCUCUAAAACUCUAUUAAAAGCAUACAAGCUAUCAAAGAAAAUGUAACCUGAAGACCAGACUUCUGGUAUGCAUAAAGAAGCUUUUGGGGCAUUAUUCAGAGCCCAGUUAUUUACACACACACACACACACACACACACACACACACAAACACACGCGUACACGCAAGGAUAGGCUGGUUGUAGAGACACCAUAUCUACCUCCUCUGUUUCCUGUUUUUGUACUGUCUCUCUGCAACCAUCUCCUACAUCUGUCCAUCGAUUUCUUUUCUCACAUUAGGAAAUAUUAAACUUUGAUCGUCAAACACCCGACAGAUUUAAUCACUACAGUUUCUCCUUGUGCGUUUCAUGUUCUUCAAAAGGUAUUGCAGAGUCAGCCCUUGAACUUUUGGAAUUUUUAUAUGUAGGAAAAACAUUUUUAGGGAAAUUUCACAAGGAAAGAAAAUGACUGACUUUUAAAAAUUCUGACACACAGUGUGUGUCUAUGUUAUGAAACACUUUGUACUGCUUUAUGCACAAAAAUGAACUAGUGUGUGUAUAAAAUAUGUAUUUAAGUGUCUUUUUUUAUACUCUAGCUGCAGUAGCAUUAAAAAGGGAAGCAUUUGUUUCAGUAUCAGCUAAUGUCAUUUUGGAGUGAGCUAAUUAUAAAUGAAGCUCCAAUGAUUUACUGUGUUUCCUGCUUUUGCUUUUUUUUUUUUUUUUAGUCAUGCAUUGAUUUUGGCACAAACAAACCUCCAUCAAAGUAGUUUUUUGUAAAUAGAGCUGAGGUGUGUAUUGUAUUUUAUUACAUAUUCUGCUUGCUUUACUUUGUAUGGGUGUGUACAGUAUAUUACAGGACAUUAACUGAUGGAGGAGGAGACGCUGGCUGUGGUUAAAUCUGUUUUUAAUGGGAUUUUUUUUCCUUCUUGGACGCUUAAAGUCACAUUAAAAAAAAUCCCUUUGUUUCAGAUAGCUGCAGAUGAAAACUGAAAAAUGUACACUCUUCCAAAGUGACAACAAAAUGUGUCUAUUGUGUGCGUUUGUUCUGCUAAAGGCACCAGUAUCGUGUAGAUUUAUGGAAUCAGCUGUAAUUUAUAAAUUUCUUUUUUUUUGUUGACUCAAUCCAUUUCAUUGUCAAGACAGCUUCGGUAGAUGUUUCCUUUAUUGUCUGAUGCAUUUCUUUCCAGCUUUCUAAUUCAUUUUCAUUCAUUUCAAAUCUUUGCUCUCUCGCUUUGAAGCAGAUGCUGUUUUGUACCAACUCUGUGCCUUUGCUGCUCGCUCUUGGCUUUAUUGCAGUAGAAAUGAAUGUAAGAUUAAUGCCAAACGUCUUUCCCUGUAAACCAAAGCCAUGUGUAGCGUCUGUAAGAUAGUCAGUAGUGCAGCACCUUUCCUCAGGAGAACGUACAGGAGCGAAACAAGAAUGCCUUACAACACAGUGAUUAGUCCUGCAGCACAGACCAGUCUGAUCGUAAGGUUUGUUUUUUUUGAUUGUCACAGGUGUUGAUUCAGCUUGUCAUGCUUGAGGCUGUACUUUGUGUUGAUUAGUGCAAGUACUGGUUAGGGCAUUUCAAUCAAGUGUUGGCGAGUUUUGCACGGUCAUUACUUUCCUCUUGUCGCAGCAGUAUGGUAUUUUGUCAUGUUUGAAACCAACGUACGAGCAAUUCGAGCAACAACUAUCUGACCUCUUUGUACCUCUCAGUGGCCAUCAGACCUCAAUUAAAGCUGCCAAAUGGCAUUCAAGUUAAUGUGACUUCCUUGUCCUUACGCCUUUGUAACUGAUAUUUGCAAUAGUUUCCGCUUGAAUUUUUUGUGUAAUCAACACCUCUGAUGGUCACUCAAACAAAAAUAAUCAUUUGCUUUAUCUGUAUUCUAAGACUGUAAGCAGUAAACAGUGGCUUAUCUAAUCUCUUUGCCCUUGGGGUUCAAGUGUUGGUAUAUCUUGCUAAAUGAAUGCCUUUCUUUCCUGCCUUCAAUCAGUAUAUCCAGCUUGUGCAUUUGAUAAACAAAUAAAUGUAUGAAUUUUAA